AUGAACGGGAGGUUUUGUAGCAGAAGUACCUCUAUGCAGCACGAAUGGGCAAUUCAAUUCAUGUGGUCCCAGCAAAGAGCAUGUGAGGGAAAGACCACGGUGCCAGUGAGGGGUGCUGGGCGAGGGAGAUUGCUGCAACUGCGAAGGAAUGGAAUGGUGUGCACUGUGCACCAGAAGGUUGAGGAUAUCAAUACCUUCUUCGCAAUUGCAGAGGAGGAAAAACAUCACCAACAUCUUAAUUUGAAAGCCAACAAAAAUGCAGAAACUGCCUCAAGACUUCUAUCACGCCACCGCCGAUCAAGAACCCAAUUCUGCAAACAGCCUUGCGAUGAUGGUGAUGACAUAAAGCUAAAAAUGUCUUGA